AUGAAGACGCUUUCAAAGCCACUGGCGGACCGGUUCAAGACCUGGGUCAUGGCUCACCCCCACUACCGGCGUGGUGUCCUGCGCAUGGCCGAGAUGGCACACCGCUUCGAGGUUGGUAUCACGCGCCGCGCUGAGGGCAAGGAGGGUCGCGCGUUCAUCGGAGCCAUGACUGAGGAGAAGUCUGUCGAGCUGGCUUCGAAGAUUGCCAGCGAGGGCUUUGUCUUCAUGGUUGGCGCCCUGCUGGUGUUCGUCGAGUAUGACCGCAACCGGAAAAAAGAGGUCCUAAAACAGCGGCGCGAACAAGCGGAACGUCAUGAGAUCAUGGAGCGCGCCAGGGAGGAGCGCGAGCGCCUGGUCGCGGAGAACCUGCAGCAGCAACACCUGAUCGAGCAGCUCGUGUUGCGCGUGGACCAUGUGGAGGAGCUCAUGCAGGCAUGGCAGGAGGAUCAGCGGCGGCGUGAGCAGCGAACGGCCUGGGGCGGCUUCUUUGCACCGCGGGGCCUUCAGGGUGGCUAG